AUGGGGCUAAGAGCUCCCAGCCUGUUUCUGCUCUGGCUGGCUCUUUCCUAUGCCAGUGAAAUAAGAAAAGGGAGGACAAGAAACCACGGCCACUAUGUCUGCAGCACCUGGGGGAACAACCAUUUCAAAACUUUUGAUGGAGACAUCUACCAGUUCCCUGGCAUUUGCGAGUACAAUUUUGCCUCUGACUGCCGAGAGUCUUACAAGGAGUUCUCUGUCCACAUUCAACGUGCUCUGAACAGCAACAACCACCCUCAGAUCCAGUACAUUCUGAUAAAAAUCAAGGAUGUCACAGUAUACCUGAGACCCAAACUGGCUGUGGUGGAUGGGAGGAUUGUGAAGACACCUUACUACAGCUCUGGUCUGCUCAUUGAGAGCAAUGACAUUUACACCAAGGUUUAUGCCAAAUUAGGCCUGAUCCUGAUAUGGAAUCAGGAAGAUGCACUGAUGGUGGAACUGGACAGCAAAUUUAAUAACCAUACCUGUGGUCUCUGUGGGGAUUACAAUGGAGUUCCAAUCUAUGAUGAGUUUAUCAAAGGAGCUGAGAGCUACAACUCAAUUACAUAUGGGAACUUACAGAAGAUCAGCAAACCUGGGGACAGAUGUGAAGAUCCUGAUGAAACCCGGGCUCUUCCCAGCUGUACUGAGCAUCGCGAUGAGUGUGAGAGGCUGCUGACCUCCCCGGCCUUUGCCGACUGUCGCUUGCGGCUGAACCUGGAGAUGUACAUCCAGGGCUGCAUGCAGGACAAGUGUGCCUGCGGGGGGAGCCAGGACUCCUUCUGCCUCUGCAGCACCAUCUCCGAGUACUCCCGACAGUGUUCACAUGCAGGGGGCCGGCCCGGGGAAUGGAGGACGCCAAACUUCUGCCCCAAGACCUGUCCUGAUACCAUGAUAUAUAAAGAAAGCAGCUCACCCUGCAUGGAUACAUGCUCACACUUGGAGAUCAGCAGCCUUUGUGAGGAACACUACAUGGAUGGCUGUUUCUGCCCUGAAGGAACUGUAUAUGAUGAUAUCACUGAAAAAGGCUGCAUACCUGUUAGCCAGUGCCACUGCAAACUCCGUGGAAAGCAGUAUUCACCUGGAGAAAGCAUUACCAAUGAAUGUGAGGAAUGCACUUGUAAUUCAGGCAGAUGGACUUGCAAAGAUUUACCCUGUCCAGGCAGAUGUUCAGUGGAAGGAGGUUCCCAUAUCACCACCUUUGAUGGGAAGAAAUACACCUUUCAUGGAGACUGUUACUAUGUGCUGACCAAGGGUGCUGUAAAUGACAGUCAUGCUCUCCUGGCAGAGCUGGCUCCCUGUGGCUCCACACUCAGGCAGACCUGUUUGAAGACUGUUGUGCUGUUAGCAGACAACAAAAAGAAUGUGGUGGUUUUCAGAUCAGAUGGCAGUGUGCUGCUGAAUGAGAUGACAGUGAAUGUGCCUCAUGUGUCAGCCAGCUUCUCAGUGUUCAAGCCAUCUUCUUUCUACCUUCUUGUACAAACUUCUUUUGGGCUUCAGCUGCAGAUUCAGCUGCUUCCAGUCAUGCAGCUGUUUGUGACUGUGGAUCAAUCAGUUCAAGGAAAACUUCAAGGUCUUUGUGGGAACUUUAAUGGAAUGGAAGGUGAUGACUUUAAAACAACCAGUGGGCUUGUAGAAGCUACAGGAUCUGCCUUUGCUAAUUUAUGGAAAGCUCAGUCCACUUGUAAAGACCAGGUGGAAAAGCUGGAAGACCCCUGCAGUCUCAGCAUUGAAAGUGCAAAUUAUGCUGAGCAUUGGUGCUCUUUGCUGAAAAACUCAGAGGGUCCUUUUGCAAGAUGUCACUCGGCCAUUGAUCCUUCAGAAUACUAUAAGAAAUGUAAAUAUGACACCUGUCUGUGUGAAGACAAUGAAGAAUGCUUGUGUGCUGCCCUGUCAUCUUACUCAAGAGCCUGUGCUUUCAAAGGAAUUAUACUGGGAGGCUGGAGAAAAAGUGUCUGCAGUAAUGAAGUGUCUGCCUGCCCUGGGAACCAAGUCUUCCUUUACAACCUUACAAUGUGCCAGCAAACCUGUCGUUCCCUUGCUGAUGGUGAAAAGCACUGCUUGCCAGACUUUGCUCCUGUGGAUGGCUGUGGCUGCCCAUAUAACACAUACCUGGAUAACCAGGGGGCCUGUGUGCCCAUCUCCAGCUGCCCCUGUUACUACAAGGGAUCAUACCUGGAAGCAGGGGAAUAUGUCACAAAAGAUGGGGAACGUUGUGUCUGCCGAAAUGCAAAGGUUCAGUGUACUUCAGUGACAGUAAGACUGAGAAGUAGAACAACAGAAUGUUCUUCUAACAAGACCUACUUUGACUGUGAGGCAUCCACAGAGUGGAGUUGGCAAACACCUGCACAACUCAGCUGUCACACUCCUCUAAGUGAGCAUUUCCAGGCAGAGUGUGUCUCAGGCUGUGUGUGUCCUGAAGGCCUUUUUGAUGAUGGGAGAGGGGGCUGUGUUGAGGAGAAGGACUGCCCAUGUGUUCAUAACAACCAGUGGUAUUCUUCUGGGCAGAAAGUAACAGUGGACUGCAACACCUGUACCUGCCAAAAAGGGGGGUGGAGCUGCACUAAAAAUGUUUGUUAUGGAACUUGUAUGAUAUAUGGAAGUGGCCACUAUAUCACCUUUGAUGGAAGGUUUUAUGACUUUGAUGGGAGCUGUGAAUAUGUGGCUACUCAGGAUUUUUGUGGUGACAAAAAGUCCAAUGGCUCAUUCAGCAUCAUCACAGAGAAUGUUCCCUGUGGCACUACAGGAGUCACCUGCUCAAAGGCCAUUAAAAUGUUUCUAGGGAAAACUGAACUGAAAUUGGAGAACAAAGAUUAUAAAGAAAUUCAGCGAGAUGUUGGUGGGGAUGUGCAUUACUGGAACAGGACAGUGGGGCUCUACCUUGUGAUUGAGGCUAGCAAUGGUGUGAUGCUUAUCUGGGAUAAGAAGACUACUGUUUUCAUCAAGCUGUCCCCUGCUUACAAAGGCAAAGUCUGUGGUCUGUGUGGCAACUUUGAUGACAAGUCUAAUAAUGACUUUACACAAAGGAGUGGGCUGCAGGACACCAAUGCUCUGAAGUUUGGGAAUUCCUGGAAACAAUCUACCAUGUGCCCAGAUGCCACACAGGAGAUUAAACCCUGUGAUGUGAAACCACAUCGGAAGUCCUGGGCAGAGAAGGAAUGCAGCAUCAUCCUGAGUGAAGUCUUUAAAAUCUGUCACUCCAAGGUGGACCCAAACCCUUUCUAUGAUGCCUGUGUGCAUGAUGCCUGUUCUUGUGACAGUGGUGGGGACUGUGAGUGCUUCUGUUCUGCAGUUGCUGCCUACGCUCAGGAAUGUUCCAAGGCUCAGGCCUGUGUUUUCUGGAGAACUCCUGAUAUCUGCCCAAUAUUUUGUGACUACUACAACCCUCACGAUAAGUGUGAGUGGCACUAUGAGCCCUGUGGUGGGAAUGUUGUGACCUGCAGGAUGAUCAAUAAUGUCACCACCAACUUUUCAGUGCCAUACCUGGAAGGCUGCUACCCCAGAUGCCCUAAGGACAAGCCUGUUUAUAAUGAAGAGACAAAGGAAUGUGUGUCUGAGGAUCAAUGUUGGUGCUACAACAAUGGAGUUCCUGUUCGCCCUGGGGAGGAAAUACCUGUGGAAGAGAACUGUACAAAGUGUGUCUGUGACCCCUCAGGAUCCAUACACUGUACAACAAUCCCAGGGUGUCCCUGUGUCAUCAAUGGAACAAGUUAUGAAGUGGGCAGCACUGUGGCACAAGUACAGGAUGGCAACAUAUGUAAAACAUAUAUCUGUGCAGAAAAUGGUUCUGUAGUUGUUGGAAGUACUUAUCCUUGUCCAACAACUUCACCUACAACCAUUUCAACCUCCAUUCCUACCAGUACUCUUACCACCACAGUUGUCACUACAAGACCUCCAGUAAUUACAACUCCAUGCUUUGGGUUCAUCUGUGAUUGGACUGACUGGUUUGAUGUCAGCAAACCUGAGGAAGAUGGUGGUGACUAUGAGACCUACGAUGCAGUAAGAGAAGUACAUGGACAUAAAAUAUGUGAAGCUCCUGAAAAUAUUGAAUGCAGAGCUAGAGAUAAACCAGAAAUGAGCUUAGAGGAACUUGGCCAGAAAGUGGAGUGCAACGUUACAUACGGACUAAGCUGUACAAAUGAUGAGCAAGAGGCAACUAUGUGGCAGCUUUGCUAUAAUUAUGAAAUCAGGGUCAACUGUUGUGAGUGGCAAGAAUUUCCUUGUUCUGCAAGUCCAGCCCCAACUGCAACUUCAACCACUACCAGCACAACAGUGCCCACCACCACUACAACCAGGCAGCCAACAACCACCACCACCACACCCACCCCAACCAGCACAAGGGAGUCCACACCACCAGUCACUUCUCCAGUGAUUUCAACCUCUACAGCCCCACCAUCCCCCACAACGACCAGAGUUCCCACUCCACCUGUAUCAGCAACCACGGCAAGACCAACACCUUCAAAGCCUCCUACCAACACCACCAUCACCACAACGCUCCAAAAAAGCACCACCACCACCUCCAGCACCCCAGGGCCAACAACUGGGACAGCAACACCCACGACAACUUCUGCAAGCACACCUGUGCACACAACAACCUCCCCAAGCACCGCAUCACCUUCAGUCCCACCCUCGUCCACAUUGAGCACCACAUCCUCCCCACCUGUAACAGCAACCACUGCCAGACCAACACCAUCAAAGCCUCCCACCACCACCACCACCACAGGGCCCCUUGAAACCACCACCACCUCCAGCACCCCAGGGCCAACAACUGAGACAGCAACACCCACGACAACUUCUGCAAGCACACCUGUGCACACAACAACCUCCCCAAGCACCGCAUCACCGUCAGCCCCACCAUCAUCGACAACGAGCACAGUGCCCUCCCCACCUGUAUCUGCAACCACCACCCUGCCAACAUCAUCACCAUUGAGACCUACCACUACCACUAGAACCACGAUACCCCCCACCAGGGGGACCACCACUUCUGUGGGCACAACAACAACUGGCCCAACAACCUCCCUUCCUGGGUGUGAAUGCAUCUGGACAGGCUGGAUAGAUGUGAGCUACCCAAACAGUUCUAACAGAAAUGGUGGUGACUAUGAAACCUUUGAGAAUAUUAAGAAGAAGAACUCCUCCUGGGUCUGUGAGAAACCUGUGAAUAUCACAUGCAGAGCAACCAAAUUCCCGACUGUUCCCAUUGCCAGUUUAGGGCAGGAGGUGAAAUGUGAUGUGGAGACAGGGCUGACCUGUAACAACAGAGAUCAGCAGAUAGGAGGUAUAAUUCCAAUGCCAGUCUGCCUCAACUAUGAGAUCCGUGUCUGCUGCAUCCCUGACAUUCCAGAGUGUAUUCCUGGCCCCACUACACCAACAGUCCCACCUCCAUCAACACCUACAAAACCCCCACAAUCACCUCGACUGUAUCAACAACCACCGCCAGGCCAACGCCAUCAGAGCCUACAACCACCACCACCAUCAUCACCACCACCACUGAAAGCACCCCCAUCAGCAGCACCCUGGGGACAACAACAAGUGGCACAGCAACACCCACAACAACUACAGCAAGCACAUCUGUGCCUGUACCAACAUACACCACUGUAUUACCUUCAGUGGGACAGAAUGUUGUCAGAGAGACCACGGUGUGCAGUGGGAGUGGGGCCUGGUUUUGUGACACUGUCUUCUCUGUUCAUGCUGUUUACAACAGUCCCACCCUCGUCCACAUUGAGCACUGCAUCCUCCCCACCUGUAACAGCAACCACUGCCAGACCAACACCAUCAAAGCCUCCCACCACCACCACCGUCAGUGUCAGCACCCCAGAGCCAACAACUGAGACAGCAACACCCACGACAACUUCUGCAAGCACACCUGUGCACACAACAACCUCCCCAAGCACCGCAUCACCGUCAGUCCCACCCUCGUCCACAUUGAGCACCACGUCCUCCCCACCUGUAACAGCAACCACUGCCAGACCAACACCAUCAAAGCCUCCCACCACCACCACCACCACAGGGCCCCUUGAAACCACCACCACCACCAGCACCCCAGGGCCAACAACUGGGACAGCAACACCCACGACAACUUCUGCAAGCACACCUGUGCACACAACAACCUCCCCAAGCACCGCAUCACCGUCAGUCCCACCCUCGUCCACAUUGAGCACCGCAUCCUCCCCACCUGUAACAGCAACCACUGCCAGACCAACACCAUCAAAGCCUCCCACCACCACCACCGUCAGUGUCAGCACCCCAGAGCCAACAACUGAGACAGCAACACCCACGACAACUUCUGCAAGCACACCUGUGCACACAACAACCUCCCCAAGCACCGCAUCACCGUCAGUCCCACCCUCGUCCACAUUGAGCACCGCAUCCUCCCCACCUGUAACAGCAACCACUGCCAGACCAACACCAUCAAAGCCUCCCACCACCACCACCACCACAGGGCCCCUUGAAACCACCACCACCACCAGCACCCCAGGGCCAACAACUGAGACAGCAACACCCACGACAACUUCUGCAAGCACACCUGUGCACACAACAACCUCCCCAAGCACCGCAUCACCGUCAGUCCCACCCUCGUCCACAUUGAGCACCGCAUCCUCCCCACCUGUAACAGCAACCACUGUCAGACCAACACCAUCAAAGCCUCCCACCACCACCACAAGGCCCCUUGAAACCACCACCACCACUACCAGUACCCCAGAGCCAACAACUGGGACAGCAACACCCACGACAACUUCUGCAAGCACACCUGUGCACACAACAACCUCCCCAAGCACCGCAUCACCGUCAGUCCCACCUUCAUCCACAUCAAACUUUGCAUCCUCCCCACCUGUAACAGCAACCACUGCCAGACCAACACCAUCAAAGCCUCCCACCACCACCACAGGGCCCCUUGAAACCACCACCACCACCAACACCCCAGAGCCAACAACUGGGACAGCAACACCCACAACAACUUCUGCAAGCACACCUGUGCACACAACAACCUCCCCAAGCACCGCAUCACCGUCAGCCCCACCAUCAUCGACAACGAGCACAGUGCCCUCCCCACCUGUAUCUGCAACCACCACCCUGCCAACAUCAUCACCAUUGAGACCUACCACUACCACUAGAACCACGAUACCCCCCACCAGGGGGACCACCACUUCUGUGGGCACAACAACAACUGGCCCAACAACCUCCCUUCCUGGGUGUGAAUGCAUCUGGACAGGCUGGAUAGAUGUGAGCUACCCAAACAGUUCUAACAGAAAUGGUGGUGACUAUGAAACCUUUGAGAAUAUUAAGAAGAAGAACUCCUCCUGGGUCUGUGAGAAACCUGUGAAUAUCACAUGCAGAGCAACCAAAUUCCCGACUGUUCCCAUUGCCAGUUUAGGGCAGGAGGUGAAAUGUGAUGUGGAGACAGGGCUGACCUGUAACAACAGAGAUCAGCAGAUAGGAGGUAUAAUUCCAAUGCCAGUCUGCCUCAACUAUGAGAUCCGUGUCUGCUGCAUCCCUGACAUUCCAGAGUGUAUUCCUGGCCCCACUACACCAACAGUCCCACCUCCAUCAACACCUACAAAACCCCCCACAAUCACCUCGACUGUAUCAACAACCACCGCCAGGCCAACGCCAUCAGAGCCUACAACCACCACCACCAUCAUCACCACCACCACUGAAAGCACCCCCAUCAGCAGCACCCUGGGGACAACAACAAGUGGCACAGCAACACCCACAACAACUACAGCAAGCACAUCUGUGCCUGUACCAACAUACACCACUGUAUUACCUUCAGUGCCACCAUCACCCACUAGCACAGCGCCCUCCCUGCUGGUAUCGACAACUGCUGCCAGACCAACACCAUCAAAGCCUCCCACUACCACCAGCACAAGUCCCUCUGAAAGCACCACCACCAGCACGCUGGGUACAACAACAAUUGUUCCUGUCAAAACACCUACAUUUCCAGGAAAUAUUAUCACCAAAACCCCACUGCCCCCGACCUCAGAAGCUAUAGUGGGUACAACACCUGAAUCAGGAACAGCAACAAAGACCAGCACACCAGUUACUCCUUCAGGUACCCCACUGUCAACAACUAGAACAACAGAAAUCGAAAGCACCACUGUUCAUCAGUCAACACCACCACUGUCAACAAGCACAGAGUUCAUCAGCACCCCCCCUGCAGUCAUUGAAUCUGGAACAACCACUGAAUCCACCACUUCAGGUCCCACAUCCUCUCCUCACAAGACCACAACUUCAGGACCACCUCCUCCAACAUCUACAGCCAGCACCACUCCACCACCACCACCACCAGAAUCAACAACUACAGGGGCAGUCAAUGAACCUGGAACAACCACUGAAUCCACCACUUCAGGUCCCACACCCUCUUCUCACAAGACCACAACCUCAGGACCAUCUCCCCCAACAUCUACAGUCAGCACCACUCCACCACCACCACCACCACCAGAAUCAACAACCACAGGGGUAGUCACUGAACCUGGAACAACCACUGAAUCCACCACUUCAGGUCCCACACCCUCUUCUCACAAGACCACAACCUCAGGACCAUCUCCCCCAACAUCUACAGUCAGCACCACUCCACCACCACCACCACCAGAAUCAACAACCACAGGGGUAGUCACUGAACCUGGAACAACCACUGAAUCCACCACUUCAGGUCCCACACCCUCUUCUCACAAGACCACAACCUCAGGACCAUCUCCCCCAACAUCUACAGCCAGCACCACUGGACCACCACCACCACCACCAGAAUCAACAACCACAGGGGCAGUCAAUGAACCUGGAACAACCACUGAAUUCACCACUUCAGGUCCCACACCCUCUUCUCACAAGACCACAACCUCAGGACCAUCUCCCCCAACAUCUACAGCCAGCACCACUCCACCACCACCACCACCAGAAUCAACAACCACAGGGGUAGUCACUGAACCUGGAACAACCACUGAAUUCACCACUUCAGGUCCCACACCCUCUCCUCACAAGACCACAACUUCAGGACCAUCUCCCCCAACAUCUACAGCCAGCACCACUCCACCACCACCAGAAUCAACAACUACAGGGGCAGUCAAUGAACCUGGAACAACCACUGAAUCCACCACUUCAGGUCCCACACCCUCUUCUCACAAGACCACAACCUCAGGACCAUCUCCCCCAACAUCUACAGUCAGCACCACUCCACCACCACCACCACCAGAAUCAACAACCACAGGGAUAGUCACUGAACCUGGAACAACAACUGAAUCUACCACUUCAGGUCCCACACCCUCUUCUCACAAGACCACAACCUCAGGACCAUCUCCCCCAACAUCUACAGUCAGCACCACUCCACCACCACCACCACCAGAAUCAACAACCACAGGGGUAGUCACUGAACCUGGAACAACCACUGAAUCCACCACUUCAGGUCCCACACCCUCUUCUCACAAGACCACAACCUCAGGACCAUCUCCCCCAACAUCUACAGCCAGCACCACUCCAUCACCACCACCAGAAUCAACAACCACAGAGUUGGUCACCACACCCCCAGGAGUCACUGAACCUGAAACAACCACUGAACCUGGAACAACCACUGAAUUCACCACUUCAGGUCCCACACCCUCUUCUCACAAGACCACAACCUCAGGACCAUCUCCCCCAACAUCUACAGCCAGCACCACUCCACCACCACCACCACCAGAAUCAACAACCACAGGGGUAGUCACUGAACCUGGAACAACCACUGAAUCCACCACUUCAGGUCCCACACCCUCUUCUCACAAGACCACAACCUCAGGACCAUCUCCCCCAACAUCUACAGCCAGCACCACUCCAUCACCACCACCAGAAUCAACAAACACAGAGUUGGUCACCACACCCCCAGGAGUCACUGAACCUGAAACAACCACUGAACCUGGAACAACCACUGAAUUCACCACUUCAGGUCCCACACCCUCUCCCCACAGCACCACAAAAGUCACAGAAACAUCCACCCAUGAGCCCACCACCACUGGGACUGAAAGUCCUCUGACAGGAUCACCAACCACUGCUGUCAGCACUACAACCUCAGGACCAUCUUCCCCAACACCUACAGCUAGCACUCCUGUGUCACCUCCAGUCAGCACUCCUGGAGUAACUGAAUCUGGAACAACCACCAAAUUCACCACAUCAGGCCCUACACCCUCUCCCCACAGCACCACCAAAGUAACAGAAACAUCCACCCAUGAGCCCACUACCACUGAAAGUCCUCCAACAGGCUCACCCACCACUGCUGUCAGCACCACAACCGCAGGACCAUCCUCCCCAGAGCCUACAGCCAGCUCUACAGUAGCACCACCACCAGUACCAACAAGCACUGUGCCAGUUACCACCUCUGGUACAACUCUAACAGAAUCUUUUACUACCACUUCAGGAACAACCUCUAGUAAUUUUACCACCAUCACCACAACCACUACCACCUCUGAAAUCACUUCUCCUGUCUCAACAAGUACUUCUGGGCCCAAAGCAACAUCAAUUGCAGUCACCAUCCCAGGAAGUUCCACACACAGUACAGUUACUCCAGUCACUGCUUCAACUCCACCAACAACCACUCCUGGAAGAAACUGUUCUAUUUUCCCUAAUGAAUCAUAUGCACCAGGUGAGUCCUGGUGGCUGUGUAACUGCACCAAGGCAAUAUGCAUAGAAGACAACAAAAUUGAAGUGAUUCCCAUCAUCUGCAAUCCACCUCCUAAACCCACCUGUUCCAACAGACUUUCACCUGUGCCAGUCAUUGACGAGGACGGGUGUUGUUGGCACUGGGAGUGUGACUGCUACUGCACUGGCUGGGGAGACCCCCAUUACAUGACUUUUGAUGGCCUCUACUACAGUUACCAAGGGAACUGUACCUAUGUCCUUGUGGAAGAGAUUACCAAGAAAGUUGAUAACUUUGGUGUCUACAUUGAUAACUACCACUGUGAUGCCCACGAUGAAGUCUCCUGUCCCAGGACAAUUAUUGUCAGACACGAGACUCAGGAAGUGCGCAUAGCAACCAUCAGACCCAACACUCUGGAAGUAGAGGUGACAGUAAACAAACAGGUAGUGGCUUUGCCCUACAAAAAAUUUGGUGUGAGCAUCUAUGAGUCAGGCAUAAACCGGGUAGUGGAAAUCCCUGCUCUCAAAAUGAAUGUGACCUACAAUGGCUUGUCCUUUUCUAUCAGAAUGCCCUACAGCCUCUUUGGCAACAACACCUAUGGACAGUGUGGUACCUGCAACAACAAGACAGCAGAUGACUGUAUGCUGCCAGAUGGAAGCAUUGCAAAGAACUGUGAAACUAUGGCAGAUCACUGGCAAGUUGUUGAUCCCUCCAAACCACAGUGCUCUCCAGGCCUGGCUCCCACAACAGUACCCAGCACAACCACACCACAGCCUUGCAAAGAAUCUUCCAUCUGUGAGCUUAUUUUGGGAAGUGUGUUCGAGCCAUGCCACAAAUUUGUCCAGCCUGAAAAGUACUACAGAGCCUGUGUGUUUGAUAGCUGUGUACUUCCCAGCUUAGACCUGGAAUGCUCAAGUCUGCAGAUCUAUGCUGCCACCUGUGCUGACCAGGGGGUGUGCCUGGAGUGGAGGAGCCACACCAGUGGUGUUUGCUCUUAUAAAUGUCCCCCGGGUAAAGAAUACAGAGCAUGUGGUCCUGUCACAGAGAGAACCUGCAAAGCAAGUCAACAAAAUGAAACUUCAGCUAAAGAAGUGGAAGGCUGUUUCUGUCCCAAUGGAACAAUGCUCUAUGACUCGGGUGUGGAUGUCUGUGUGAAAACCUGUGGCUGUGUUGGAGUGGAUAAGACACCCAGAGAGUUUGGGGAAAAAUUCACAGUGGACUGCCAGGACUGUGUUUGUGUGGAAGGUGGGACUGGCAUUGUGUGCAGGCCUCAUGACUGUCCCAAACCAAGUAAGAAUGGUUGUGAUGGAGAAGGCUUCUAUGAGGUCAAUGAAGUCAAUCCUGAAGACUCCUGCUGCCCCAUGGUCACCUGCAAAUGCAAUGCAAGCUUGUGCACAGCUAAAGCCCCCAGGUGUUCCCUGGGAUUUGAAGUUCAGUCUCACAUCCCCAGUGGCCACUGUUGCCCUGUGUACCAGUGUGUUCCCAAGAGGGUUUGUGUCCAUGAGAAUGCUGAGUUCUUGCCUAAUUCCUCAGUCUUUGUUGAUAAGUGUCAGGAUUGUUUCUGCACCGACAAAGUUAACACCAGCACCCAACUGAAUAUCAUCUCCUGUCAACAUAUUCCGUGCAACACAUAUUGUGAACCAGGAUAUGAACGUCAACCAGUGAAAGGUGAAUGCUGUGGGAGGUGUGUGCAGACUAAGUGUGCUAUACACACAGCACAGAAUUCUAACCUCAUCUUGAGUCCUGGAGAGUUUAGAAAUGAUCCCUACAACAACUGCACCAUCUACAGCUGUGUCAAGCUGCACAAUCAGUUUAUCUCCUCCACAUCUGAGAUUACUUGCCCAGCAUUCAAUGAGGAGAGCUGCAAACCUGGCACUGUUACAUUCUUACCUAAUGGUUGCUGCAAAACCUGUGCCCCUCUGGACAGCCCCACACCGUGCUCUGUCCGCCAGAGACGCGACUUCAUCGUCUUCCGCGGCUGCCGCUCUGCGGACAGGGUUGUGAUGGGUGAAUGUGAAGGGACGUGUGGAACCUUCUCCAUGUAUUCUGCUGAGGCCAACUCCAUGGAGCACAGCUGUUCCUGCUGCAGGGAAUCCAGGAGCAGCUUGAAAGAAGUGGAACUGAAAUGCCCUGAUGGGAGUACAAUUUCACACAAGUACGUAUCUGUGGAAAGCUGCCAGUGCCAAGACACUGAGUGCAGCAACCCCCAGUCCAAUGGGCUGCAGAGCAGAGAAGGACAAGACAAGGCAAGUGCUCUGAACCGCAUCAAGAGAGCCAUCAGCCUAACAUCCAAAUGAAGAGGAAAAAUCCAAGCAGUGUGCACCAUUCUCAUCUUCCCUGAGGGCUUUUGAACUUUACU